CUCUUACGGGGCAGAUACAGGGGGUACUAUGUACUAUAGAUACAGGGGCGAGAGGGGCAGAUACAGGGCAGAUACAGGGCAGAUAUACUUAGGGCAGAUACCUAGGCGAUUCGUAGUGGUUCGUGGCGAUUCUUAGGCGGUAGAGUUGGGGAAACAAUGCGCUAAGGCCAUUCCUAGUCAAUGGUCACAAGCCAAUUCUGGCCUCCAUGCGGCCUGUGCAUAAAUUUUUUUGGCUGGUCAAUUAAGAAAAAGCACGCACCCGCUUCUUCUACUUUCUCUUUUGUGAUCCCGACACUCCGCAAUUUAAAUCAACCUCUAAUCACCUUUUGUUUUAUCAGCCCAGCGACGAGAGGCAUUCAUUAAUCUGUUAAUUUGUGUCUCUGCCUCCUUCGAUAGCAUUCGUGCUUCAACAACCCUCGCUUUGCCGUCGACUUUUCCUUCGCAUAUCGUCGCGUGACCCGGAUAUCCGAACGGUAUCCAACCAAGCGACAUUUUGCCGUUGGAUAGACAAACCUGCAAUCCACAUUGCAGAAUCACCACACACCCAGAGUAUAAUCUCACAAGCGAUCCGAAGGAAUCUGUCCCAUCCACAGUCGAAACUCGAUUCGCUGCAACCAUCUAAAACCCCCAAAAAUGAAGGUUUUCUCCAACAAGUGCACAUUCAACUACUCCUGGGAGGAAGUAUCCACUGCCAACUGGCAGAAGUACUCUCCAUGGAACGAUAAAUCCACACAUGUCAUAGCCGUCGACACAUUAUCGCGAAAUGUCGACGAGGCAACUGGUAUUCUUCGAACCGAACGUCUUAUCACCUGCAAACAGUCCGUGCCCGAUUGGCUCAAGACCGUUAUCGGCUGCACCGACUCCAGCCAGGUCCUCGAGGUGUCUUAUGUCAACCCUGCCGAGAAGACCGUCACUAUGGUAUCCCAAAAUAUCACAUGGGCGAACCUCGUCAGAGUUCAAGAGACAGUCGUCUAUCGGCCCAUGGGCUCCACGCAGACCUCGUUCGAGCAAUCUGCAAGAAUAACAGCCUUGUGCGGUGGCUGGCAGCGGAUAAAGAAUAGCAUUGAAGACUCCCUUGUCACUCGGUUCAAAGAGAACGCGAUGAAGGGCAAGGAAGGCUUUGAGUGCGUCCUCGAAAUGAGCCGUCGUGUUUUUGCCGAAGAGCGCGAGAGGGAGCGGCUGCUUAGCCAAGCCAAGAUGCUUGUAUAAUCACAGCAUCUACAACUCCACUCCCACCGCUCAAUCAUCAACCUCUUAUCCCCAUUCACGAACUGUGUAUACAACGAACUUCAUAGACGAUGCGGCAUUUUCAAGGGAGUCAAAGGGGUGAUACGAUUAGGUUGAUGACAAAAGUUAAAAAGCAUGGCGUUCCGGGAUAUCCACCUGAUUUGGUUUUAUUAGAAGUUUAGAUUUUCUGCCAUCGGCCUUUCUACGCCCUCCUUCAGCUGGGCACCGCCGUACAUAGAUGAUAGAGAUAGAUGUUGGACGUUAGACACCUACUGGGUAAACGAUAAUCUUAGCUCUUCUCAAGGCAUUUCAUCGUUGAAUUUGGACAGUGAUAUAUGCAACUCAUCGA